AUGUCAAUUAAAGAGGCCAACAUAUUGCAUUAUGGAUCGAUUAGUUUGAUUGAGGAACCUUGUAGGUGUGCUCAUCUUGCUGCCAUGGACAUUGCUAAGAAGUCUGGUUGUCUCCUAUCUUAUGACCCAAAUUUGAGGUUGCCACUUUGGCCAUCUGCAGAGGCUGCUCGAGAUGGUAUUAUGAGCAUAUGGAACCAAUCUGACAUUACUAAGAUAAGUGAGGAGGAAAUCACAUUCUUGACUGGAGGUGAUGAUCCUUAUGAUGAUGAUGUUGUGCUGAAGAAGCUUUCCCACCCCAAUCUUAAGCUACUGCUCGAAUUCAAGGGCAGGGUUGGUGAUGUUAAGGUUGAAGCUGUUGACACAACUGGUGCGGGUGACGCUUUUAUAGCUGGAAUCUUGAACAUUUUGGCUUCAUAUCCAAAUCUUUAG